AUGGGCUCCAUCGAACCAACACAGAGCUUUUCCAUUGUGGAAGCCACGAUCGCAGACCUGGCAUCAGCCCUCGCCAGCGGACAAACCAACAGUGUCGAGCUGACAGCCAAACAUCUCCUCCGGAUCGCAAAAUACGACCGCCGCGACACCCUCCUCAAUGCAAUUCCCAUCAUCAACGAGAACGCCUUCGAGGCAGCACAAGCCUCCGACAGUCGACGGGCCGCGAGCCAAGUCCCGUUGAACCCCCUAGAUGGCAUUCCUUGCACAAUCAAGGACUCGUACAAGAUGCAGGGCAUGACUGCCGCAGCCGGCUCCCCGGCGUUCAAGGACCUCGUCGCUAACGAGGACGCCUUCACCGUUCGCAAGCUUCGUGAGGCCGGCGCUGUGGUCCUGGGCCGCACCAACAUGCCUCCCAUGGCGGCGGGUGGCAUGCAGCGCGGUGUCUACGGCCGGGCCGAGUCGCCCUACAACGGGGCCUUCCUGACCGCUGCCUUCGCUUCAGGCUCGUCCAAUGGCUCGGCUACCGCCACGGCCUCGAGUAUGGGCGUCUUCGGCAUGGGUGAGGAGACCAUCUCGUCCGGGCGGUCGCCAGCCUCCAACAAUGGCUUGGUGGCAUACACUCCAUCACGGGGCGUCAUCUCCAUUAGGGGCAACUGGCCGCUCUUCCCGACCUGCGAUGUCGUUGUGCCGCACACGCGCACUGUGCCCGAUAUGUUCGCGCUGCUGGAUGUCAUCGUUGCCAAGGACGAAAAUACUUCAUGCGAUUUCUGGCGCGGCCAGCCAUAUGUCAAGCUACCCGACGUGGAGACCGUGCGCCCCGGCUCCUACGGCGAGCUGGCUGAUGCGGGCGCUCUCGCGGGCAAGAAGAUCGGCGUGCCAAAGAUGUACAUCGGCAAGCAGGACUCUGACCCAACAGCACGGAAGGUGUACACUCGGCAGUCCGUCAUCGACCUCUGGGAAGGCGCCCGCAAGAUCCUCGAAGGUUUGGGUGCCACCAUCGAAGAGGUCGACUUCCCGCUCGUCACCAAGUUCGAGAAGCCGGACCCCAACGCGCCCGCCGAAAAGGAGUCGUCGGCCCCGCCUCACCGCAACGAAAUCGACAUGUGCCAGCUCAUGGCCUAUUCCUGGGAUGACUUCCUCGCCGCGAACGGCGACGCCAGCGUAGCGACGACACUGGCCGCCGUCGACUCGUCCACCAUCUUCCCGCGUCCUCCCGGCGCGCUCAAGGACAGGUACGACGACGCGGACCCGCUCGUCCGCCACACCGACGUGGUCGCGCACAUCACGCCAGACAGGCCGGCCACCUACUCCAUCCCCAACCUCGGCCCGGCACUGCAGAACCUCGAGUCCCAGCGCAAGGCCGACUACGAGGACUGGAUGGACGCCCUGGGCCUCGACGCGCUGGUGUGGCCGUGCAACGCCGACGUGGGCCCCGCGGACGCCGACGUCGACGAGGCGUCCGCGGUCGAGGCGUGGCGCAACGGCGUGCUGUACUCCAACGGCAACUGCGCGAUCCGGCAGUUUGGCAUCCCCACCGUCAGCGUGCCGAUGGGCGUCAUGAGCGACAGGGGCAUGCCCGUCAACCUGACGUUUGCGUCCAAGGCGUAUGACGAUAGCAACCUGUUCCGGUACGCAUACGCCUUUGAGAAGGCGGGCUCGCUGCGGCAGGCACCGCCGCGGACACCGGCCCUGGCGAGUGAUGUGAUUGAGUCUGUUGCGGGAGGAGGCAAGAUUGGGAGCACGGCUCCUGAGCUCACUGUUGGCGCCGAGGCUGUUGGCGCCCCAGGAGAGAAGAAAGUCCGGCUGUCUGGCAGCGUGGCUGCUGAUGAAAUCUCGGGUUUGCGAGUCUUUGUCGAUGGUGAUGAGCUGGCAGGGGUCAAGAUCUCCAAGGGUAACUGGGAAGCAGAGACUGGCUCGCUGGGCGCGUGGAAAGGUAGGGAUGAAGAGCGCGGGUGCCCAGACCCUGACAAGUCCAUGAUCAUUGUGGUCGCCUCAGGGAAGAACGGGAGGUCUACUGGCAAGAUGCUCAAAGUCAAGCAAUACGUAUGGGAUGCCGAUGUUUCCAGAAGCAUUCGAAACAUAAACUGGAUGAUAGCCGAGCAUCCGCUGUACGAGGAGAUCGGCGGCCUGCUGACAGCGGAAAUACGAUUCGCUCUGGCUGCUGAGAACUGUCGAUCCCUUCGGCUUGACUACAGAGACUUCGCCACUGAAAGAGAGCGCCCGCCUGUAGGACUGCUCUGGACUGAGGAUGAUGAUUUGUACCGAGGAGGCUGA